AAAUGGCCCCGUAGGGCAACAAGGAUGGUUAGUUUCUACCGUACUUAUUUGUCUUGAAAAAUCGAUCCGAACUGGCUGUUAUUUAGACUUUUAUUACCUGCCGAACCCUUUUUGUUAAUUGUCACUAAAUGAAGGGGUUCUGAAGGGGUUGUGACCUAGGAAGGCGGAUCCAUUCCUUCAAUUGGAUGGGGAGCGAGGACAGUGUCCCCAGCGAUCUCACGAAUAGGAGGGAAUGUUGACCAGGGAGCACCGCUGCGGCGGAUCAGAGGAGCAGGAACUGAAACCCGGGCUGAGUCCGAAAAAAGCCCGAUUUGGACGGUGGCUCCGGAACGGUUGGAAGUGAAAGAUGGAGGAGCCGGAGGAACCGGCGGACCGUGGGCAGUCACUGCCCCCGGUUUAUAUCUACAGUCCGGAGUAUGUCCGCAUGUGUGACUCCCUGGCCAAGGUCCCCAAACGGGCCAGUAUGGUACAUUCUUUGAUUGAAGCAUAUGCGCUACACAAACAAAUGAGGAUAGUAAAGCCCCUAGUGGCUUCCAUGGAGGAGAUGGCCACCUUUCACACUGAUGCCUAUCUGCAGCAUCUCCAGAAAGUCAGCCAAGAAGGCGAUGAUGAUCAUCCAGACUCCAUAGAAUAUGGGCUAGGUUAUGACUGCCCAGCCACUGAAGGAAUAUUUGACUAUGCUGCAGCUGUAGGAGGGGCUACAAUCACAGCUGCCCAAUGCCUGAUCGACGGAAUGUGCAAAGUAGCAAUUAACUGGUCUGGAGGGUGGCAUCAUGCAAAGAAAGAUGAAGCAUCUGGAUUUUGCUAUCUCAAUGAUGCUGUCCUGGGAAUAUUACGAUUGCGACGGAAAUUUGACCGUAUUCUCUAUGUGGAUUUGGAUCUGCACCAUGGAGAUGGUGUAGAAGAUGCCUUCAGUUUCACCUCCAAAGUUAUGACUGUGUCUCUGCACAAAUUCUCCCCAGGAUUUUUCCCAGGAACAGGUGAUGUGUCUGAUGUUGGCCUAGGGAAGGGACGGUACUACAGUGUAAAUGUGCCCAUUCAAGAUGGCAUACAGGAUGAGAAAUAUUACCACAUCUGUGAAAGUGUACUAAAGGAGGUAUACCAAGCCUUUAAUCCCAAAGCAGUGGUCUUGCAGCUGGGAGCUGAUACGAUAGCUGGAGAUCCCAUGUGCUCCUUUAACAUGACUCCUGUGGGAAUUGGCAAGUGUCUUAAGUACAUCCUUCAGUGGCAAUUGGCAACACUCGUUUUGGGAGGAGGAGGCUAUAACCUUGCCAACACAGCUCGAUGCUGGACAUACUUGACCGGGGUCAUCCUAGAGAAAACACUAUCCUCUGAGAUCCCAGAUCAUGAGUUUUUCACAGCAUAUGGUCCUGAUUAUGUGCUGGAAAUCACGCCAAGCUGCCGGCCAGACCGCAAUGAGCCCCACCGAAUCCAGAAAAUCCUCAACUACAUCAAAGGGAAUCUGAAGCAUGUGAUCUAGUUGACAAAAAGAGAUCAGGUUUCCAGAACUGAGGAACUGUGCCUGUAAUGAAGACAGAGUGUUUAUGGGAGCAGUUUGUGGAAUUUGUGACUACAGGGGAAAUUUGGAAGAAAUUACUUCCUGAAAAUGUCCAUGGGGCACCAAGUGGCAGCUGGUCUCCUGGGGGGAGGAAAGCAGGCAUCCCAGAGUCCUCAACUACGCCUAGGGGAAGAGGCAGAUAUCCAACAUUUUAAAGUGUUUAUUUUUUAAAAACACACAAAUGCAGUUUUUAAUCUUUGAAAAUUAUUUUUAAGUGAUUCAGGGAGGGGGGUAUUUUUAUUUUCUUAAAGUGAUGGAUCAGAAGCUAGAGGAAAGCAGGGAGCUUCAGUCACCAGUUUGUGGGGCAGGGGGCAGCUUGAGAAGCAGAAUUUGGGCCUUAGCACCUAGGGUUGGGGGAACUGAUCAGCAGACUGGGAGAUGGGGAGAAGUCCAUUAGUGUUGUUUUAGGAUUGUGUAUCUAUUUUGUUUUUUAAUAAAAUCUUUGAAAUAUUACCU